GCAACGCAAUCGAUUUUGACGUUUGGCGCCGUCAAGAGGCGCCAAUUUUUAAAACAUGGAACAUAGUUCUUCCUCUAAAAGAGAUAACGAAAACGCUUUGCAUAAAUUAUUAGAUGAGAAUCAUUUAGUGCGAAUUCACAAAUUCUUUUUACGCGAAGAAAGUGGACAAUUGGAUAUAAAUCAGUUGAAGCAAGUGCUUCACGAUGUUGCUAAAUUGGAUUUUGACCCCGAUAAGUUCGAAGUAGUUUUUCGAAAAAUCAAUAUAAAACGAGACGGUUUAGUUACCUGGGACGAGUUUAUAUCUCAUUUAAUUCUCAAUUUUAAAAAUCAAGACGUCGUUGCGGAAUAUCAAGAUUUAGAUCCCCCAAUUUCGAAACCACCAAGAAUCUUAAAAAGUUAUCAUCGCCAUCCGAUAAAUCGAAUCACUUUCAGUCCCAACAUGAAACCCGAUAGAAGUGUUAAUUUUUCCGAUGGAAGUUACGUAACUUGUAGCAGAGACGGAGAUAUUAAUUAUUGGUCUUUGGAUUUUAGCUUAGAGAGAUCCGUGCAAUCGAAAUGUUUAGAUUUAAAGGUUGCAACUACAUGGGUAACCGAUUUGGUGUGUUUACCGGAUGUUAGUGCGGUUUGUACAUCAAGUACUGAACGAGAUAUUCGAUUUUACGAUACUUCCGCUAGAAAAUUCGAUAUUAGGGUAAUUUUUAGUUCGUUGGAUUACGCUGUUUGUACAAUGCAUUAUGUUAUUGCUAAAGAUGCGGAAUCGGAAUCAAUGCUUUUAUUGGGCGAUAUGGGAGGAAAUGUAAAGGUUAUUUUGUUUAAUUCACUCGCUAGAGGGCCGUUUAAAAGUAAAUUGGGUGAACCUUUAAUGAGGGCGAGGUAUGAUGCUUUAGUGAAGGGUGUAGUACCGGGAUUUCGACUUGUUGAGUUCAAGAACGUCCACUCAGAUUGGGUACAACAAGUUUCUUAUUACCCGGGUUUAUCGAUGAUAGCUUCUUGUGCUGUUUGCCCAAAAGUUUCAGUGCAAUUACGCGAUCUUAACGAAAAUAAAGGAAUUUAUAUUUAUAAAAUGACUAGAGGAGCUUAUUGCUUUACUUUCGCCGAUGGUAUUCAUCUCAUGGCAACCGGAAGUCCGGAUUGUUUGGUGAAAGUUUGGAAUAUUUUUGUGCCGAGACGACCCAGCGUAAUUUUCCAAGGUCAUCAUUCCGGAGUUGUUUCCGUUGUGUUUCAAGAUGAUGCAAAAAUUCUUUGUUCGAUUUCUACUGAUAAAUGUAUUAAAGUAUGGGAUGUUGCCGCGCAGUGUUGUUUGCAAACUUACACUGGUUUGCCAUCGGAACUUGGGGAGCACACGGAUUUAACUGUUUUGUAUAACCCAGAUACUCGGCAACUUUUAAUCGGCAUGGUUAUGGUUGCUAUUGUGCCAUUAUGCCCAACGCAAAGUGGUGAACACACCGAUGGGAAUACUCAUUGUAGUGCUAUUUCUGUUUUAUUAUACAACCCAUUAUUUGAAGUGAUUGUAACAUGCGGUUUAGACAGUUUCAUAAUAGUUUGGGAUCCAUGGAAAGGAAGGCGAAUGUCCGUAGUAAAAGAGGCUCACAUAAGAACUUUACACGGCAAAGUCCACCCCGUAGAAAUAACAGCAGCAACCUUCGACCCUGGUUAUCAGCUUCUUCUAACAGGAGCCCAUGAUGGAUCCUUAAAAACAUGGAACUUCAAUACCGGAACAUGCAUGCGAAAUAUGCGCAUAGAAGAUAACUGCGAAGUCACCGGAGUUGUUUGGAUUAAAGGAAGAAUUUUAGCGAUCGGUUGGAAUAGGCACGUAACAGAAUUCGCUGAUAGUGGUGGUCACGCAGGACCUGGUGGAGCGUUCAGUAAAAGCUGGGAGACGAAUCACACUGAAGACGUUUUAUGUUCAUCCGCAAGAAUUCCUCAAACUUUAGUUACCAGUUCUUAUACUGGAGAAUUGGUUAUGUGGCAAUUAGAAACCGGACAAGCAUAUAAGAGAUACAACGUCACCGAUCCUACGCAUAGAAUUAAAUUGCAUUACACAAAAGAGAAACAAUCAAAAAAAUUUAAAAAGGCUAAUACUAAAAAACCUUUGGUUGUGCAUUUAGAAGGACCCGCGAAAACAAUGGAACAUCCAACGUCGGCAGUUAGUACGGCUACAUCAAAGAUUCCAGGUGUAAAAGCUCGAAGAUUAACAGUUGUUCUCAUGCCUAAAACAACAAUAGCAAUAAGAGGUUUAGCAAUAAGAGCUAUGACUUUUUUAAGUUCACGACCAAUGCUUCCCCAUGUAGGAACCUUAUUGGUUAGUUUAGAAAACGGAGCAAUUCAAGUUUGGUCUCAUCAUAACAGCGGGGGAUUUAUCACCGCUUUUUAUGCUAUACAUAAAGGUGGAGAUUAUGUUGUUUCUAUGUGUACCGAUGAACAAGAUGAAUAUUUAUUUACAGGCACAACAAGUGGUUACAUUAAAACUUGGCUAAUGAAAGAUUAUUGUACUGGGGAGGAUGUUAAAGUAUGCAUGCCACUUUAUAGAGUAAAAUUUCCAUUUAUGUGGAGAGAUUUGUUUGAGGGAAAAGCUAAACGAGCCAAUAGGGGUCAAGAAAAACCUACUCUUUUAAAUAGUUACAGAGGACAUAGGAUGUUGGUUUCUGCAUUAGCUUUUAUGGAUAAACCUCAAAUAUUAAUAAGUGCCAGUGCAGAUUAUAGUGCAAGAUUGUGGACUUUAUCUGGCAGAUAUUUAGGCACAUUAGGCACCUUUAAAAAAUGGAAACCAUUAGAUCCGGAAGUUCCUCCAGGUGACGAUUUUGAAUAUACAAUUCCCCCAGAUAUUUCAAGAGUAAAAAGCAUGACAACGUUUAAAGUUUUAAUGGGUGGUGAUAUCCCACACAGAUUAACCGCCAAACAACUCGCUAAAAUGCAAGAAAAAGUUGUCGAUAUUGAAGAUUACACAAAGGGGAUUUACGGGCAUAGAUUAGAGGAUCCAAUUCUCGGCAACUUUUAUCAUUUACCAGAAAGAAAAACGCACAGACAUGAAUUUGAAUUGGAUACAACUUUUUCAUAUAUACCUGUUUAUCAACACAUGGUAACUGAACCAUUAAACGAAGUUCCUAAACCGAGAGAUGACCCGGAACUGAAAAAACAAAGAGUGAAAUUGAUGACGCAAAAUAAAUGUGAACCAGCUGUGUGUAAAGGAACUCCAAAACAUUAAAAAAUAAU